UUGAAGAAGAACAGGAGUCUGAGGAGUCACCAGAGGGCGAAGGUGAAGAGGAAGGGGAUGAAUCAGACAUGAGUUCAGAGUCCAGUUUGAAAAAGAAAUGGAAAAAGAAAGUCAAGGGGGACCACGCCUGGCUCCGACCAUCAAGGAAACGCAAGAGGAAAUCGAAAGCGAAAACAGAAGGACUUUCAGGAAUGGAGUCCCAGUCUCAAUCUGAGAGCCAGAGCUCCCCAUCAGCCCCUUUUGACAACAGGAAAGAGUAUAAAGAAGUCCCACUAGACUCCCUCAAUCUAGCGGCACAGGAAGCCUUACGGUCAUCUCAGAGUACAGCUGUUUCAGGGUCAGUGGAGAGCACAGACGCUGACAUGGUGCAGGAACUGCCCCUUUGCAGCUGUCGAAUGGAGAUGCCCAAGAGCCGAGAGAUUCUGACGCUUGCGGACAGGAAGUGUAUGGCGACUGAGAGCAUUGAUGGUCAGCUGAGCCGUUGUCAGAGUGCAGUGCUGAAGCACGAGAUGAUGAGGCCUUCAAACUCUGUCCAACUGCUGGUUCUGUGUGAGGACCAUCGCACGGGCAUGGUCAAACAUCAGUGCUGCCCAGGCUGUGGCUUCUUUUGCAGAGCCGGUGUCUUCAUGGAGUGUCAGCCAGAGGUGAACAUCUCCCACCGGUUUCAUCGAGCCUGUGCCUCGGUGCUCAACGGUCAGAGCUUUUGUCCACACUGCGGAGAGGAGGUCAGCAAAGCGAAAGAGGUCACCAUUGCCAAGGCCGAUACGACGUCUACUGUGCCUCUCACCCACGGCCCCUGCACGCCCAGCACCUCAGAGGGCAAAGCGGACACUACCACUGGAGGGUCCACUCGGCUCUCUGUUCUUGGAGAGGGCAAAGCAGAUAGCACCUUACCCAGACCUACACAGUCACAGGACACAUCUGUGUCCCCUUUGGACUUGAAAACUGGGCCUUUUGGAGCUGAAUUUGGAAAUGGACUUCCACCAGGACCACCUAAAGAAACUCUGGAAAGUGUCCUGCUGGCUCUAGAUGCAGAGAAACCCAAAAAGCUUCGAUUUCACCCAAAACAGCUGUAUAUUUCUGCCAAACAAGGAGAGCUGCAGAAGGUCCUACUGAUGUUGGUGGAUGGGAUAGACCCUAACUUUCAAAUGGAGAGCCAAAACAAACGCACACCGCUCCAUGUAGCAGCUGAAGCAGGUCAUCAGGAAGUCUGCCAUAUGCUGGUCCAGGCUGGUGCAAACCUUGACAUGUGUGAUGAGGACCAGCGGACGCCCCUUAUGGAGGCCUGUGAGAAUGAUAAUCUUGACACAGUGCGCUAUCUUCUGAGAGCUGGAGCCAUCGUCUCUCACAAGGAUGUUGAGGGUUCAACAUGUCUCCAUCUUGCUGCUAAGACUGGGCAUUUCGGCAUUGUACAACAUUUGCUGUCUACAGGAAUUGUAGAUAUUAACUGCCAGGAUGAUGGAGGUUGGACAGCCAUGAUUUGGGCCACGGAGUACAAACAUGUAGACCAAGUAAAACUCUUGCUCUCCAAAGGGGCUGAUAUCAACAUCCGAGACAAGGAGGAAAAUAUCUGUCUGCACUGGGCAGCAUUCUCUGGCUGUGUGGAGAUAGCUGAGAUCCUGCUGGAUGCCAAGUGUGAUCUCAAAGCCAUCAACAUCCAUGGAGACUCACCGUUGCACAUAGCGUCACGGGAGAGCCGGCUCGACUGUAUGAACUUGUUUCUGUCGCGUGGUGCUGACAUAAGCCUCAAGAACAAAGAGGGAGAGACGCCCAUGGAUUGCUGCAGCCAGAACUCGAAGGUUUGGAAUGCCCUUCAAGCCAGCAAAAAGCAGAGAGAAGCUAACAGCAACCAGACUGACCCAGUAGAGAAGCUUCUCAACAGGGACAUCGCCAGAGGCUACGAGAAAGUCCCCAUCCCGUGUGUGAAUGCAGUGGAUAGCGAACCCUGUCCUGACAACUACAAAUAUGUCCCUGAUAGCUGUGUGACAUCCCCGAUGAACAUUGACAAAAAUAUCACCCACUUGCAGUACUGCGUCUGUAAAGACGAUUGCUCCUCUGCUAGCUGCAUGUGUGGCCAACUCAGCCUGCGCUGCUGGUAUGAUAAAGAGAGCCGUCUGCUGCCUGAGUUCUGCAAUGAGGAGCCACCUCUUAUAUUUGAGUGCAACCAUGCCUGCUCCUGCUGGAGAACCUGCAAAAACCGUGUGGUACAGAACGGACUGAGGAUAAGACUGCAGUUGUUCAGGACGCAGAUGAUGGGAUGGGGUGUCAAGACGUUACAGGAUAUCCCGCAAGGAACGUUUGUUUGCGAAUACGUGGGUGAGAUCAUUUCUGACACCGAAGCAGAUGUCAGAGAGAAUGACUCCUAUCUUUUUAGUCUGGACAGUAAGGUGGGUGAUAUGUACUGCGUUGAUGCACGUUUCUACGGCAACAUUAGCCGCUUCAUAAACCAUCACUGUGAGCCGAAUCUGUUCCCCUGUCGAGUGUUCACCUCUCACCAGGACCUCAGAUUUCCUCACAUCGCGUUCUUCGCCUGCAAGAACAUCAGUGCCGGAGACGAACUUGGGUUUGAUUAUGGUCGUCACUUCUGGGACGUAAAAGGGAAGCUGUUCAGCUGCCAGUGUGGCUCAUCCAAAUGCAAGCACUCAGGUGCCACCAUCGCCCAGAGACAGGCAGACAGUACUCCAGGAGACCAGCAGCCCAGCGCCCUGCCCGAUACUAGCUCGUCCACCCCAUCCAGCCCCAGCUAAGCCCAUCUUUCUAGCAUAAAACAUCCAGUUCUCCUACUUCUACCAGCCUGUCACCUCCCAUCACCAGCACAGGCACACCUCUGCCAUCUCUAAUCAGCUCCGGUUACCAACCCGGGCCACUUGAUGCUACACCCACAGUGCCAUGCUUAGCUCUGGUGGUCUGAAAGCCUGAUUGGUUGAAGCAGUUUAGGGGUUUAAAGUCUUGAAGGUGAGAGGUGCACAACUGGUUUUUCAGGUGUUCGGUAUGCACAUUUUGUAUAGGUUUUUAUUGUCAGGCAGCCCCUUUGGACCACAAUCUUGUUUGACAUCUUCAAAAGAGCUCAAAGUGGAGUUUUUUUUUCUCUUUUAAUGGAAAUUAAUGGGUUUUGCAACAGGCUUCCUUUGAAAACUACCUAAUUCUUGUCGCACAAUGUGUUCUCCUGCCCGACUCGAUCUUCUGCGUCAUUUCUUGUCAUCUUUUAUGAACUGUAUUCUUCGAAGUUUUACUUUACCAGUCAAGGUCAGCAAAAACUGAACGAUCGAUUCCCAAAUCCAAAAUGAGUUUCAAAUAAUGUUCAUUUAUGCAUCUGUUUGUUUCACUUUUCUUCUGAUUUGAGUUUUUGUACAUUCACGGAAUAUGCAGAAAAUGAUGUAAAGGUAUUCAAAGACCAACCUCUUCUGUUUUUUCUUUCCCACUAGCCCUUUCGGAGUCCUUCAGUGGGCUGUAUUAACUUGGGAUGAGCUGUAGGCUAGCAGUCAUUGGACGUUAGCGCGCGUCCUCUGAUUGGUUCACAGACGCAGGACGUCAUGUCAGUGCUACCAAAAUCAUGAAAAGGCCUCUGAACAGGACAUUUUUGGCCUAUAUAUUCAGCCCAGU